AUGCUGGGGCUGCGCUUGCUGUGGGUCAGCUGCCUGGGCAGCCUGUGCCGAGGCUAUUUUGACGGUCCCCUGCACCCGGAGAUGUCCAACGGGACUCUGCACCAUUACUUCGUGCCGGACGGCGACUACGAGGAGAACGAUGACCCAGAGAAGUGCCAGCUGCUCUUCAGGGUAAGCGAGCACCGGCGCUGCAGCCUGGGCGGGGAGCAGGGGCCGGCGGGCGGCGGGCCCAGCCUCUCCCUGCGGGAGGAGUUCACCAUCCUGGGCCGGCAGGUGGAGGAUGCGGGCCGGGUGCUGGAGGGCAUCAGCAGGAGCAUCUCGUACGACCUGGACGGGGAGGAGAGCUACGGCAAGUACCUGCGCAGGGAGUCCCACCAGAUCGGCGACGCCUACUCCAACUCCGACAAGUCCCUGGCCGAGCUGGAGAGCAAGUUCCGGCAGGGCCAGGAGCAUGAGAGCAAGGAGGAGAGCCGCCUCAAUGAUGACUUCCAGGCCAUGCUCGUCCACACCCGGGCCCUGCUCACGGAGACCAUGGUCAUCUCCACGGGGCUCCGGGAUAAGUAUGAGCUGCUCUCCUUAACCGUCAGGAGCCACGAUGCCAGGCUAAAUAGGCUCAGGAACGAGUAUCUCAAAGGGUGA